GCAAAACAAAAACCUCGUCAAAUUCUCAGAUUCAAGGAAGAAGAAGAUUAGAUGGCCCGUACGAAGCAGACUGCUCGGAAAUCGACAGGAGGCAAGGCUCCGAGGAAGCAGCUGGCGACGAAGGCGGCCCGGAAGUCGGCGCCGACGACCGGAGGAGUGAAGAAGCCGCACAGGUACAGGCCGGGAACGGUGGCGCUGCGUGAGAUCCGGAAGUACCAGAAGAGCACGGAGCUGCUGAUAAGAAAGCUCCCCUUCCAGAGGCUUGUUCGAGAAAUCGCUCAGGACUUCAAGACGGAUCUCCGCUUCCAGAGCCACGCCGUCUUGGCCCUCCAGGAGGCGGCGGAGGCCUACCUUGUUGGGUUGUUUGAGGACACCAAUCUCUGCGCCAUUCAUGCCAAGAGGGUCACUAUUAUGCCCAAGGAUAUUCAACUUGCCAGGAGAAUCAGGGGCGAGAGGGCUUAGGGAAUGAUCUAGUUCUGUUCAAUCAUUCAAUGGGAGAUCGCUUUUUUUUUCUUUUUAGGGAUUUCAAAGAGAGACUUUGGUUUCAUAAUUGAAUAUGUUUAAUUAGUUCCCAAUGUCUAUAUCUAAAUUUGCGUUUUUAGGGAUUUUAAUCCUUAAUUAUGCUUUUAUUUGUUCUUAACUAUUGGAAUUACAAUUCUGAUUUACCAUGGUCCAAAUUUCCUUACCCUUUUUUUCUUCAGGGUAAAUUUUAUUUCAA